AUGUGCAUGUGGAUCGUGUGGGAACGCCUGUCUUCGUGCCCACAUACCUGCUCGGUCGUCGCUGCUCGGAAAGUUGGUGUUUGGGCUGCGGAGAGCCGAAUCUUCAGAGAGGCAAUCCUCGCAGCGGUUGUUCACCAGGUUUCUGAUGUCAGAUCCUUCCUUGAAAAGGUCCCUUUGCUGCAGGGUUUGUCCUCCCGAGAAUUGGAUUGCGUGGCUGAUAUGUGUUCUGUCAAGUCAUAUGCAACCGGGGAGAUGCCAUCGCACGCCAGCACUGAGUUGACCAAUGCUUUUUUUGUCAAAGCUGGACAGCUGAAAAGGCUAGAAUCUCCUGGUCGUGAGGAGAAGUUGCUGAAUGUUGGCGACUGUGUUGGCAAACGGCUUUUGCUCUUUGAAGACAAGUCUGGAGUGACAAUUCAAGCUACGCAGCGAUGUGAGCUCGUACUCCUCAAUGUGAGAAGAUUAAGGCAGCUCAUUGGUAAGCAAGAGGCUGCUAUCAAGCUUCAACAAGAAAAUUUGACGUCAAGUCUGCUCUCAUCGCCUGUUCUGUCAGCCCAAAGUAAAUCAGUGGUCACAGACAUCUCCAAGUCUCUCGAGCUCAGCGAGUACUUGCCAGGUGCUAAGAUACCGCCAACGAUUGGACUCUUUGUGGUGCUGGACGGUGUGGUUCAGGCCGGACAUCGUCCCUCAAUGCGGACUCUUCGGCAAGGCCAUGUAGAAGCUCCACCAGCUGCCCUUGCAGCACAAGGCUCAUUUAACCCUCAAGUACUGGGAGCCGCUCACGAGUGUUCGCUAACUGCCGGUCAUUCCGGCUGCCGCCUUGCGGUUUUGCCCCAAAGGCUAAGGACUGAUGAUGCUGCUGGCAUGAAAGCACGGAUUAUCGAAGUUCUCUCUCGCGUUUCCAUUUUCCGGCAAGUUCAGGAGGCAACUCUAGAUGUCCUUUUCCACAGCGUGAAGACGCAGAUCUAUCGCAGUGGAGAAGAAAUUGUGAAACAAGGUGACAAGGGUUCUCAAUUCUAUGUCAUAGCAGCUGGAGAGGUGGAGAUGUUGAAGGAUGGCCGCCCGAUCAGGAGGCUGGUGCAAGGGUGCUGCUUCGGCGAGAGAGCUGUUCGCUUCGAGGAGCCUUGGCCCACUUCCUUCAAGAUGGCCACAGCGGAAGGGGAAGUCUGGUUUUGGGACAGCUCCAGCCUGUGGCAGGCUCUUGCAAAAGAAGGUAGAGCUUCAGAACAGCUUCACCAACGAGCCGUGUUGCAAGACCCUGGAGUCAAGUUAGCAGAUCUAAGAAGACUUGGUCAAGUGGGAACUGGCACUUCGGGAACUGUCUGGCUUGUGCGCCACAAGGAAACAGGAGCCAAAUAUGCGCUGAAGCGAAUGCAAAAGCUGAAUGGCAGCAAUAAGGUUCCGCCUGUGGUGCAGCGAGAAAUUGAGAUCUUGUCCGAGAAUGACCAUCCUUUCCUCAUGCACAUGGUGAAGUCCAUGGAAACGUUUCAGAAUGUUUAUGUCCUGGCAGAGUAUGUCGGAGGGGGCGAGUUGUAUGAUGCAAUGCGCUCAAUUACCAACGCUUUUUCUCGAAAACAAGCGAUGUUCUACGUAGGGUCAAUUCUUCUGAUGGUGGAAGCUCUGCACGAACGCAACGUCGUUUAUCGAGACCUGAAGCCAGAAAACAUUCUGCUUGACUCAGAGGGUUACCUCAAGUUGGUUGACUUUGGCACCGCAAAGAAACUGGAUGCAAAGUGUGGCAGAACCUUCACGCAAGUCGGUACAACCCAUUAUAUGGCUCCUGAAGUCAUGCGUGGCAAAGGGUAUGGUCUUGAAGUUGAUGUUUGGGCACUUGGAAUACUUCUUUUUGAGUUGCUUUGUGGACAGCUACCCUUUGGAGAAAACGCUGAUAACGACAGGGAGGUCUGCAGAGCUGUGCUGGCAGGGAAGCCGCACAUUCCCCAAGCAUUGGACGAAUGCUCUAAGAAAAUCAUUGUGUCUUUGCUGGAGCCUCGCCCACGCCGACGGCUUGGUUGUGGAGCAAACGGGCUGAGAGAGAUCAAGGACCACAGCUUCUUUCGAUCCCAUUCUUCAUCUAGCAAUGGUGAUGAGGCGAAUCGUUUGCAUGUUGAAAGUGCGGACGACUUUUUCAUACACCUCUUAAGUCGGAAGCAAGAUCCGCCGAUUCAACCUCCCAUCAAGGAAAAGGAGGACAAGCCUGAAGAGGCUCUCACAGACCAAGAGGACGAAGUUUUCUCCGGAGAUGCGAAAAGUGGAGUGACUUCAUGGGCCACCUAGUUGGACAGGCAGAAAAACGGGCUACACGCAGCAACCUUGCAAGGUACACAGCAAGACGAAAAGGCGAAGCAAAUCUCGGUGAAGUUGGAGCGGGAGAAGAGCGGCCGGCAAGACCAAGUUCCUGGAGAUGCUGACCUGAAACGGAAGCCGGAGCUGUACUCUGACGGAUGGCGAAAAAGUCUGCUUUAUGAGCACCAUAAAGACAUAGAACGUGCAGAGGUGGUUGACACUGGGUAGGGAUCGGCAAAUCUUGGAUAUUAAUUGUUGGCGAAUGCAGUACUUGGUUUGUCACUGCUUGCUUAUUCGGAAAGUUGCUGCUUGCAGAGACAACUUGGCAUGCAGACACUGCAUGCCGGAAAGAUGUAGCGAAAUGAACAUGCUGCAAGAACGGUAGUAGUGGUGUGUAGAGUGAAUUGACUUGCAAGACGUCAAAGAAGGCAACUGAUGCCAACAUUUGUUCAGCUCAGGUAGUCAGCGGUUCAAAGUUUCCAUUGGCAGGACCUAGAAGAUUG